AAUUUUUUUAUUAUUGCAGUUUGAAAAUUUGGUAAAAUAAUAAUAAUAUAUAGAGACGCCGAAAAGUAGCAGAGCCCAGCACACAAAUUACAAAAAUGCCGCCGGCGAAGCAGCUCCGGGAUCUGUUCACGGCGAUACUGCUUGUUUUUAUUAUUGCAGCGGCGGCUAACUUGCCGGUUACGGUGCUUUCCGGCGCCGGUGAUGUCCGCAGAUCGGAUUUUCCUGAUACUUUCGUUUUCGGUGCCGGUUCUUCUGCUUAUCAAGUUGAAGGGGCAGCAUUUGAAGAUGGAAGGAUGCCUAGCAUUUGGGACACCUUUGCUCAUGCUGGUAUUUAUGGAGGAGCCAACGCGGAUGUAUCUUGUGACGCAUACCAUAAAUACAAGGAAGAUGUAAAACUCAUGGCUGAUAUGGGUUUGGAAGGGUACAGAUUUUCUAUUUCGUGGUCGAGACUUAUUCCAAAUGGAAGAGGUUCGAUUAAUCCUAAAGGGUUACAGUAUUACAACAAUCUCAUCAAUGAGCUCCUCCGUCAUGGAAUUCAACCACAUAUUACGUUAUGUCACAGUGAUAUACCACAAACGCUUCAAGAUGAAUAUGGUGGAUGGAUGAGUCGAAAGAUAAUCGAUGAUUUCACUGCAUACGCGGAUGUGUGCUUCAAGGAAUUCGGUGACAGGGUUUCAUAUUGGACUACAUUAAAUGAAGUCAAUGUGUUCACUAUAGGUGGUUAUGAUAAUGGGAUCACACCCCCAAAUCAUUGUUCCCCACCUUUCGGAACUAAACCCUGUUCCGUAGGUAACUCUUCAACCGAGCCAUACAUAGUAGCUCAUAAUAUACUACUUGCUCAUUCAGCCGCGGUGAGACUAUACCGGAGAAAAUACAAGUCAACUCAACAUGGUUUUGUGGGAUUGAAUCUCUUUGCAUAUCGACCACUUCCUUGUACAAAUGUAACAGCUGAUAUAAAUGCAGUACAACGAGUUUAUGAUUUCUACAUAGGCUGGUUUGCCAAUCCCUUAAUAUUUGGCGAUUAUCCUGAUGUAAUGAAGAGGAAUGUUGGGUCUAGAUUGCCCGAAUUCACACGCGAAGAGUCUAUGCAAGUUAAAGGCGCUAUAGACUUCUUAGCACUGAAUCAUUAUCAAACAAUACAUGUCAAAGAUAGCUCCAGCAGCCUUGAGAGUAAAAUCAGGGACUACACCAUUGAUGGAGCAUUCGAACUAAUAUACACCGAAGAAGAUUCUCCACCAGAUCAGUUUGAGUAUCCAGUGACACAACCAGGGCUAGGAGCAAUAUUAGAAUAUCUCAAGCAAGCUUAUGGCAAUAUUCCAAUAUAUAUUCACGAAAAUGGUCAAAUGACAAGAAGAAAUGGUACGUUAAAUGAUACAAGAAGGGUGGAAUAUCUGCAAGCUUACAUUGGGAAUGUACUUGAUGCUAUGAGGAAUGGAUCAAACGUGAAAGGCUAUUUCGUGUGGUCAUUCUUAGACUGUUUUGAGUUACUGGAUGCAUAUGGUUCAGGAUUUGGCUUAUACUAUGUGGAUUUGGAUGACAAAGAGUUAACAAGAUAUCCAAAGCUUUCUUCACAUUGGUACACUAAUUUCUUGAAGGGGAAAGACUCCAAACAUAGUGAAAUUCAUCAGAUUGAAGAUAAAGUACUUUAUUCUUCACGAUAAGUAUUUGUGGUUUCAUUUGUAUCUUCACAAUAAUGAUGUAUUAUUUCCUAAGUUGGGGUGGACUCUUCACUUUCGAUGCUGCAUUCGUGUCGAAUUCUCUAAAAUGCGCUACUUUUGGAGAAAUCGACACGCGCACGCUAAUAUUUUUGAAGAGUCAUAACAACAUAGAUUAUUUUAAAUGUUAGCUGUUUUUUAUUCUAAUUCUUGCAAAGAGUAAAUAGAAGAGGAGUAUCUUAGUUA